UUAACGUGUCGCGUUAUGGUACGCAUGCAUCUUGAGCUUCAAGCCUUCAAACGAUAAAAUGAGAGGAAAUGAGGGAAAAGAGAGGAAUUUGCUUUGGCUUAAUAAUUUAGAACUCAUGGUGUUGCUUCAGCUUCGACCCACUAAUGGGUUCUCCCAGUACCCACUGGUGAGUCCAUUAGUCCAAAGACGAGGCAAUAGAGCUUCAAGAAACCUAAGCGUUAUGGCACAGUCUAUUCCCUCCAGAACCCAGAAAAUAAUGGAGAGUAUUGCAGUUAGUGGUGAAGUUGGUGGUGCUGGUGGGGCAUACUCAUAUAAUGCCUUAAAGAGGUUGGACCAGCUUUGGUCUAGUAUUUGCUCUGCUCAGACAGUUGUGCCAGAACCCCAGCAAAUAGUUACGAGUACUCGUGGUAUGUUUAGCCAUUCUGGCGCGGAUGGCAAAGCAGUAGAUACAUUUGAUGUGUUAGUUUGUGGAGGUACUUUGGGAAUCUUUAUUGCCACAGCCUUGAGUUUUAAAGGUCUUCGAGUAGGAGUGGUGGAGAGAAAUAUCCUAAAGGGGAGGGAACAAGAAUGGAAUAUCUCGAGAAAAGAGCUCCUUGAGCUUGUAGAAGCUGGAAUUCUUGUAGAGGAAAAUAUUGAAGAAGCGACUGCUGUGAAAUUUAAUCCUAACAGAUGUGGAUUUGAGGGGAAAGGUGAGAUCUGGGUUGAAGACAUUCUUAAUCUUGGUGUCUCACCUGCAAAGCUUAUAGAGAUUGUGAAGAAACGUUUUAUUUCCCUUGGUGGAGUCAUCUUGGAAGGUUACAGUGUCUCCAGCAUUUGUAUAUAUGAUGAUGCAGCAGUCUUGCAACUUGCUGAAGGAAACAUUUUAUCUUCUCGUCUCAUCAUUGACGCAAUGGGGAACUUUUCCCCUGUGGUAAAACAGAUAAGAUGUGGGAGAAAGCCAGAUGGUGUCUGCCUUGUUGUUGGAUCUUGCGCUCGCGGUUUUAAGGAUAACUCUACUAGUGAUGUCAUAUAUAGCAGUUCAUCAGUGAAGAAGGUUGGAACCUCAGAAGCUCAAUAUUUUUGGGAGGCAUUUCCAGCUGGCUCAGGUCCCAUGGAUCGUACUACUUAUAUGUUCACUUAUGUUGAGCCUCAACCAGGAUCCCCAAAAUUGGAAGAACUAUUAGAACAAUAUUGGGAUCUAAUGCCACAUUAUCAGGGAGUCUCUCUUGAGGACCUGGAGAUACUGAGAGUUAUAUACGGCAUUUUUCCUACAUAUCGUGAUAGCCCGUUGCCAGCAGCUUUUAAUCGUAUUUUACAGUUUGGUGAUGCUAGUGGCAUACAAUCACCCGUUUCAUUUGGUGGUUUUGGGAGCUUGACUAGGCACCUUCAGAGGCUGUCAACUGGAAUAUACGAAGCAAUCAGUGGCAACUUUCUUGACUCGGACAGCUUGUCCCUGCUGAAUCCAUACAUGCCCAACUUACGUUCUUCAUGGUUGUUUCAAAGAGCAAUGUCGGCGAAGCAACAGUCUAAUGUCUCACCAUAUUUUGUUAAUGAGCUCCUUCAUGUCAAUUUUCAGAGUAUGCAGAGGCUAGGCGAUCCAGUUCUAAGACCAUUUCUUCAGGAUGUUGUACAGUUUGGGCCUCUUGCCCAGACCUUAGGCCUAGUCAUGUUAACUAAACCUCAACUUCUUCCAUCAAUAUUCAAGCAGGUUGGUGUUCCUGUGCUUCUUGACUGGUUUGGACAUUUCUUUAUGUUGGGUCACUAUACGUUUCUCUCAACCUUUGCUGACCCUGUCAUAAGACCAUUGCUUGGCUCACUUCCAUCCAAGAUGAACUAUGAGUGGAAGCGGCAUCUUGAGGCUUGGAAAUAUGGAGCUGGUUUAGAUUACAAGCCCUAAAUAGUCACUUGAAGAUGAAUGAGAGACGGGUCUACUUGGACAGAGUAUUAGUUUUUGAACAGGGAUGGAAAAUUCGUUGUUUACUACCAAGCUUGUACUAAAUUGAUCUUGACAAUUAAUUAAAGAUAUCACAGUUCUUCACCAGAGAAGUUUGUAAAUUCUUUUAUUUACAACUAUUACAUAUGCCUGUAAUCUGCAUAUUCAGUAGCUACUCCUCUGAAAUGCAAAUAAAUAGGUUAUUCAUAUCA